CCACAUCAUCAAUCUGUCGAGAUGGCAUCGGAGCAGACCUACAUUAUGAUCAAGCCUGACGGCGUCCAGCGAGGACUCGUGGGCGAGAUCAUCAGCAGAUUCGAGAAGCGAGGCUUCAAGCUCGUUGCAUUGAAGCUCGUGCAAGCCACCAAGGAACACCUCGAGAAGCACUACGAGGAUCUCAAGGAGAAGAAGUUCUUCCCUGGCUUGGUCAACUACAUGGCAAGCGGCCCUGUCAUUUGCAUGGUAUGGGAAGGCAAAGACGUCGUCAAGACCGGCCGUGUCAUGCUCGGCGCGACGAACCCGCUCGCUUCCAACCCAGGCACAAUCCGAGGCGACUACGCCAUCGAUGUCGGCCGCAACGUCUGCCACGGAAGCGAUGCCGUUGAAUCUGCCAAGCACGAGAUUGGACUGUGGUUCCCAGAGGGCAAGGCGACACACAGGGUCUUUCGCAAUACACUCGCGCAGACGCAACGUGGGUAUACGAGUAAAGCGAUGUACGAUCAUUGCAGAUCGCGCCCUGCGCCUGAUGAUGCAGCAUCAAUAUCGCAUACACCAACAACAGUAGAUGCCAUUGCAGCUCGGCGGGCCAAAGUAAUCUCAUCGGCAUCCUCGAUCCUUUCAAGUCAUCUCGAGAGUUCUUCGGACGAAAGCUACACUUCCUUUGACGAUUUUAGCGCGGGAUCGCAAGUGUUCAGCACAAGCGAUGCCGAGCCAGACGAAGAUGAAGACACGCUCAAGGCACAAGCAAAGAGGGCAGCUGAGCUCGAAGCGCAAGCACAGCCCAGCAGAUUGUCGACACUCUUUUCGAGCUGGACGAGAGCUGCCCCAAGCCAUGUCCCAACGAAUACCGCCAACAGCAUGGGGUCAGUCGAGCAGGAGUUCGAGCGAUUGGUCGAUCAGCUGGCGCCGUCUCAGACAGCCAGGGCUUCAAUGCUCGCGCUGCCGGCGCAUCGAAAGUCGAUGUUAUUGCAACCUGGCAGCAACAGCAGCGCAGCUGAAGUGGACAGACGUGUAUCCCAAGCUGGGCUGAAGUCUUCAUGCGCUGGUGAGAGCAAAACGCCGGCUUCUUCUUGGACAGAUUGGCUCGUUGCAUCCUUCAAUUCCCCUUCGUCGGACACAGGGUUCCGGUCUGCUUGCGACUUGCUCGAGGCUGUUAGCAAAGCUCGCGGGACACCCAAGCUGCUUCAUGCCAUCACUGAGCUUCGCGUCAGUCUGUCGUCAGCUAGCCCGUCUUGGCUUCUCGGCUUCUUCAGCGCCAACGGCACAGAGAUGGUCAAGCAGACACUAGUCGAUGCUUUGCCGAGACACGAUCGGCGUGAUGCAGCAAAUCGUGGGGAGGAUACAGCCGUCCAGGGCCAGACAUUGCGCGCUGUACGCGCACUUCUGAAUGCCGAUGCCGCGAAGGCUCUCGCAGACUGUCCUGACUUCAUCUUCACCCUCGUUCGCUGCACCGCCAGCGGGUCCUACAAGGUCCGACGACAGGCCCUCGAAUCACUCGCUACGCUUGCUGCGCUCACAGACGUCUCGAGCAUCAUGGAUGCGUUUGCAGACUUUCGUUAUGCUCAUGAGACCUAUCGUUUUCAGCAUUUCGUCGAGAGCAUGAUGCCCAACGAGCUAGACAACGCAGAAGAUGCUCAUCUCUGGCAGUUCAGGGAGGCUGCAAUGCUACUCAUUCUCACAUUGAGCAUGGCACAUGACGAUCUGGAACAGCAGACGCAACUACACGAGGAAUGGGCGAGACGGGGGUUGAGCGAAGUGAUGCUUGCACUGCGAUAUGCAAGCCCGCACGAUGAGCUCCUUAGCCAUCUGGACAAGUAUGACGGAUUGCUCGGCGAGCUGGCAUACCAUGCAGCAGACGAUCAAUUCCUCCGGCAAGAUGCGGCGCCUUUUAAGAAGCGACAAGCUCCUGAGCUUGAUUCAGAGCUAUCCUCACACGACAUGCCGGAGGUGUCAGAUUCGAAGUCUGCGAUAGACGUAUUGCCAGUCUUCAAUCGCUUAAAGGCAGACGCCGACAGCCCUCAAGCGCUACCUUGCGAAGCUGUUCCUUUGUCCCCUCCACCACCACCACCACCUCCUCCACCGCCUGCAUCGCCGCUUCUUGCGACUACGUACGAGUCUGCUUGCAUCAGUCACUCUGCUGCUGCACCACCACCGCCGCCGCCGCCUCCGCCCCCGCCAUCACUAGCAUUGCCAGCGCCACUUCCCCUCACGACCACUGAUGAGCGUAUGAUUUCAACUCCUCCGCCUCCACCUCCUCCGCCUCCGCCCCAUUUGAUCAGCGCCUUUGCACCUGACGCUCCGGAUGCCCCAGUGAAGUCCAGCAAGUUACUACCGUUGCCUGAAAUACGUACUCCACAAGCGCCCCGAGAAGAAUAUGUGACGAUUAAGCUUCACUGGCAGAAGCUCAACGUGCCUUCAGCCAAAUCAGUAUGGACAAGCCAAUCUGACUCAAGCGCACCUUUGCCCGCAGUAGAGGAAAUUCGGCGUCUAUGCGCGCAAAGCGCACCCUCGACACCUGCGGCGGCCACUAAGCCUAAAGGCCCUAUCAGCUUGCUUAACCUCACACGCGCGAACAACAUCUCCAUUGGCCUCAAGCGAUUCGGCAUGCCGGCAGAGCGAGUGUCCCAAGCGAUCAGGGAAGGUGACGCAUCCGCGUUCACGACUGACCAGCUCACAGGGCUCGCCCGACUGUUGCCGACCGACGAAGAAGCGAGAGCAUUGCAGGCCUGUAGAACGCCCACGAGCGAGCUGGCCGAGCCAGAUCGAUUCCAGAAGCUCAUGAUGAGCGUACCGAGACAUCGUAUCGCGUCGCUGAUCUAUCAGAAAGAUUGCGAAUCGAAUCUGCAGGAUCUAAGGAGCGAUCUUCGCUUGGUGCAUCGAGCGGUUUCGGAAGUAUGCACUUCGCAUUGGCUUCCUCGCGCGCUGCAGCUCGUCCUCGCGAUCGGAAAUGCGCUCAAUCGGGACACUUUCAGAGCCAAUGCCACUGCAUUCAAGCUAGAGAUCCUCUGCACGCUCGGCAAUGUCAAGAUGCAAUCCCAAGAAUCGCCUAGCUUGCUGCACUUUGUCGCACGUCGUAUCGGAUCUGGCAUCGUCUUGGACGGAUCUUCGCUCAAGGCAUUGGCGGAUGUGACGAUCGCCGGUCUUCGGCAAGAUGCCCAGAAGCUCGUGCAAGGUCUGAAGACAGUAGAGCUUGAUCUGGCAACCCGCGAAGCUGAGCCGGACCCCGAUGCAGCCGCGAUCGACAGUCUUGAGGCUUUUCUACAGAGCACAAGGGCUGGUGUCAAGGGAGUACAAGAGCUACUCGUUCUCGUUGACAGUGCGGCGAAGGAGAUGCUCUCGUACUGCUGCGCUGAUGCUAUGACGCCCGACGAGCUGCUCAAGACUGUUCUCGGAUUUGGCCGCGCCCUCGAAAGUCUGCAGCUGGCUUCGUCAGAGAAUGCCGAGGCGGAUCAACGCGCUGAGCGAAGGGCUUCGCGAAACACCUCUCUCAAAUCAGUCGAACCGUCUAUGGAAGAACUGCUCCGACAGUCGCGCGGUCCAGCGGAGAUCAAAACGUCUGUGCAAACACGACGAGGCGACGAUGCUCUGCGCGAUCUGCGCGCAGGCUCGUUUGUCUUUCAGCGCACGCGACAAGAGCAGAGUGUGCGCUCCAACAGAGGCAGCGCAACGCUGUCACGCAUGUUCCUCGAUGGCCGGCGAUAG